UAAAUAAAUGGUUGAUUUGGAGUAAUUGGUCCCGCCCUUUUUACCUUUUUUGAUCACCCCCUGUAUCAAGUCAACGGUAUCACGAGUACCGUAUGACGUCAGUCGGAGGCAAAAACAUCGCCGUGUUGUCAGCCGCCAAGGCACAAAAAAUAAGCAUUGGCACAAAAUUAUUGCAUAAAAAAAACAAAUCCAUUGAACAACCAAAAGUGUUGAAGGGCAACUAGCAAGAGCAACCAUGGUGAAAGCACGCACAGCCCUCGAUGAAUUGGGAACGGAUGGAUCUUUCAAACGCAAGGAAUCUGCUUGGAGAAACUGGGUCAGCACAGACGAAGGAGCCGAGUAUCCACCCGAAGCGGACCGCUACCACCUCUUUGUGGCGGCGGCUUGUCCAUGGGCCCACCGUACGUUGAUGGCCCGGCACUUGAAAGGGUUGGAAGAUAUCAUUUCCGUCACGGUCGUUCAUCCCACUUGGCGCAAAACCAAACCAGACGAUGAGGAAGACAAACAUUGCGGAUGGGUCUUUGCUGCCGAUGCCGACAGUAAGGAGACAUAUAAAAACACAGAGGGACUUGGAGGUCCUUUUACAGCAGCGCUCGAGGGAUGUGAGCCCAAUCCACUCUUCACAUGCUUUUCCAUUCGAGAUGUCUAUGAAAAAGCCAAGGAUACCGAGGGAAAAUACACCGUACCCAUCUUGUGGGACAAGAAAAAGGAAACCAUUGUCUCCAAUGAAAGUGCCGAAAUCAUUCAAAUGUUCAACUCGGCUUUCAAUGGCAAAGGAUUGGCCAAAAACCCGGACUUGGACUUGGCGCCCAAAGAGUUGCUGGAUGCCAUGAAAGAGGCUGACGAUUGGAUCUAUCCCAACAUCAACAAUGGGGUAUACCGUUGCGGGUUUGCUCAAUCCCAGGGGGCCUACGAUAAGGCCAUUGAGGAUUUGACGAAUAGCUUUGAUCGUCUGGAAGAAAUCCUCAAGAAACAACGGUUCAUUGCAGGAGAUCAAAUGACACUCUCGGACAUUCGCCUAUUUUCCACUCUGCUUCGUUUCGAUGAAGUAUACGUGGUCUACUUUAAAACCAAUACACGUACCGUGACGCAUACUCCCACCUUGCUCAAUUACUGCCGAGAAAUGUAUCAAAAAGUGGGGCCCACUGUGAACAUGGCACAGAUUAAGCAGCACUACUACACCUCGCAUCCCAACCUGAACAAGUACAGCAUUAUUCCCAAGGGAGCCGACUUUGUCAAGCUCUUGGAGGAGCCCCACGAUCGGGAAUCAUUGACCAGCAACAAGAAGCAAAAGGUCUAAACAAGACAACAACAACAACAGAAAGUAGUAACAACAGGUGGAUGGAAGGAAAAAUAAUUGGAAUCACGGGAAUACAGUACGAGAGGAGAGAACGGCAAUCAAUGAACAAUUCACAUGACAUGCAUUAAAUUCUAACGGUAGCAGAACAGAAACAGUUUGGAUACAUUCUAUUGGUUUACUACUCUGCAAUCAAUCUCAGUAUUUAUUAGAUUAGAGCAUUUGUCAGUUCAAAAUU